CCCUCUAAUUCUUCCCUCACACAACUUCAAACGCACUGCACGAUCACUAAGCCCAAGCCAAGAGACUAGUAGCAGACACCACCAACCUUGUUCUUCUGUAUUCAAGCUACCCUUUGUUACAUACAUAAUAUAUCCAUCAUGUGUAAUCCCAAACCAUCCUCUUCAUCCCCAUUUCUGUGUCCCACAAAAGCCCACCUCAUAACUCCCGAUCCCAAACUCAAAAAUCACCCUCCGCUUCAUCGUCAACUUCAGGAUGAACUUCACAGGUGGCCAACUCCCAACGAGGUGAUGGCAGAAAUGAAGGCACUGGGGAAUAUAUCAGUCCCAACAGCAGUGACCGGGUUGCUCUUAUAUUCAAGAGCCAUGAUCUCAAUGCUGUUCCUAGGAUACCUUGGGGAGAUGGAGCUGGCCGGAGGCUCUCUGUCGAUCGGCUUCGCGAACAUCACCGGCUACUCCGUCAUCUCAGGUCUUGCCAUGGGAAUGGAACCCAUUUGCGGCCAAGCCUACGGCGCAAAACAAUGGAAAACGCUUGGCUUGACCCUCCAGAGAACCGUCCUCCUCCUCCUCUCCACCUCCAUCCCCAUCUCCCUCACCUGGCUCAACAUGAAGUCCAUACUCUUAUGGUGCGGCCAGGACCACCAGAUAUCCUCCACCGCACAGACCUUCAUCCUCUUCUCCAUCCCAGACCUCUUCCUCCUCUCCCUCCUCCACUCUCUCCGCAUCUACCUCCGUACCCAAAGCAUCACAUUGCCCCUAACCUACUGCUCCGCCCUCUCCCUCCUCCUCCACCUCCCCCUCAACUUCCUCCUAGUCGUUCACUUCAAAAUGGGAGUCUCCGGCGUCGCCAUAGCCAUGGUAUGGACCAACCUCAACCUCUUCCUCUUCCUCUCCUCCUUCGUCUACUUCUCCGGCGUCUACAAAGACUCGUGGGUCCCACCCAGCUCCGACUGCCUCCGCGGCUGGUCCUCCCUACUUGCACUUGCGGUUCCCACCUGCGUCUCUGUCUGCCUCGAAUGGUGGUGGUACGAACUCAUGAUAAUCCUCUGCGGGCUUCUCUUCAACCCCAAAGCCACCAUUGCUUCCAUGGGCAUCCUCAUCCAAACCACCUCCCUCGUCUACGUCUUCCCCUCCUCCCUCAGCCUCGGCGUCUCCACCCGCGUCGGCAACGAGCUCGGCGCCAACCGUCCCGCCAGGGCCCGCAUUUCCAUGAUAGUCUCACUCGCCUGUGCCGUCGCGCUCGGCCUCGCCGCCAUUGCAUUCACCACCCUCAUGCGACAUCAAUGGGGCAGAUUCUUCACUUCUGACACCGAAAUUCUUGACCUCACCGCCUCCGUGCUCCCCAUCGUCGGCCUCUGCGAGCUCGGCAACUGCCCGCAGACCACGGGCUGUGGCGUCCUCCGCGGCAGCGCCAGGCCCACCGUCGGAGCCAACAUCAACUUGGCCUCGUUUUAUUUGGUGGGCAUGCCCGUCGCUGUUCUCCUUGGGUUCGUCGUGAAAAUGGGUUUUCCUGGGCUCUGGCUUGGGUUGCUUGCGGCUCAAGCCUCUUGCGCUUCUCUCAUGAUAUUCGUUCUCUGCACCACUGACUGGAACGCUCAAGUGCAAAGAGCCAAUGACCUUACCACUGCUAAUUCUUCUUCUCCCAAGUUACCCACCACUCUCACGCCAACAACCACAAACCAUGUUUCUCUUCCAGAGCCUCUUGUCACCCAUGAUCACCUUCCCCACACACCCUCUCUUGAAACAGACCCUCUCAUUAUACACACCGUAAAUUAAUUCACCCAUUAUUUAAUUAACCAUUUCAUCAUUCCUCGCCAGAAUCCACACCAGAUUGAAUUGUACAACUUGUACUGAGGACAAAAAAAUUUAAUAUUUAUCUUCU